AUGGCUUGUACCAAAAAUGGAUAUCAGUAUAUGACAAAAAUUGAUCACAUCCAAUAUCAUCGUGAUUAUUCUUGUCUAGUGAUCGACUUGUCCAAUAAAGAUUGUUGGUACUUUUUUGUAGAGUAUGUCAAUGAAGGUGGAGUCUACUAUGGCACUUCAAAGAAAGCACUUCAAGAUGUACUUGACAGUGGCAAAAUCUGUAAGUUGUUGGGUAUUCCAGGGAUCGAUUUGAUCAAAAAGGCAGGUAUACCAGCUAAAUUCAUUUCGAUCUUGCCACCAAACGACCAACAAGAAUUGAAAAUGCUAGGUCGUGCUAUACCAGUCAAUCGCAUUGAAAUAGACAAUGACCCCCAUUUCAUCGUUUCCCAUGAACUUUGUUCAAUCCUUCUUUCUGAUAUUCAACAACAACAAUCAAAAUUUGUAAUGGAAGAACCAACAAUAGAAUUUGUAGAAUUGGUUUGUUCAUUACAACCAAAAGGAAAAACUAAAGGAAAGAAAGCAACAAAAGAUACUACUACUACUACCGCUGCUGAUGAAAGUAAACUAAAAUUAGAUAGUCAAAGAACAGAUAAUACCAUUCAAUCAAUGAGAUGGUUAUUGUAUCUACUAGUUAAAAGUUUACCAACUGUUCAAAUUGAAUCGAUCAAUUUAAUUUGUAAAUACUUUAUACCCAAUGAAACAUCAGUUUGGACAUUACUACCACCAGACGUUCGAUUGGCUCUAUUACAAUCAAUCAUUCAAUACAUUACUACAACAACCAAUUUUGAUAUCAAAUCAACUCAACAUCGAGAUUUAAUCAUUCAAUUGAUCAAUUCAAUUUCAACCUCUUUACAACAACAAUGGAAAGAAUUGAAUGAUUUUAUAACUACAACAAAUAUAAUUUAUACAGAUCAAGCAAGAGAAUUAAAAUAUUUAAUAUUAAAAGAUUUAUUACCAACCAAUUUUGGUAAACAAAUCAUUGAAAACAAAAUAUUAUAUAAUCAAAUCAUUUCAAAAGGAUUAAUAGAUUCAAAUCAAAUAGUAAAAACUGCAACCAUUAAAUUAAUUAGUAAUAGUACAACAUCAAUAGAUUAUUCAAUUCAAUUCAAUUCUAUAAUAGAUAAUUUAGAAUCAUUAUUUAAAGAAGAAAAAAGAGAAAAAAAAGUAGAAAAGAAACAAUGGGCAAUAGAUAUUAUUGAAUCAAUCUUUACAAAACGUUUUUUUGAUCCAUUAAUCAAAUCACAACAAUCAAAUUUAUAUAUUUUAAAAUUAUUUAAAAUUAUUUUUGAAAAUUUAAAUCAAGAUAAUUUUAAUCAAUUUAAAAAAAUUACAAAUAAUUUUGAAUUGUAUAAAUUAGAAAUUAUAAAUAUAUUAAUUUUAUUAAUAUCAAAUGGAUCAAAUGAAAUGAUAACAUUUUCAAUUGAAACUUUAAAAGAUUUAAAGUUGACAGAUUUUGAAAAAAAAAGAGUAUCAAAGCAAUUUUAUCAUACAAUGGUUCAAAUUAUUCAUAAAAAGAAUAGUAUUGGAUUAAAUUUAAUAGAGUUGAUCAAUAUUAUAAAUAUUGAACCAUUUAUUCCAACACUGACAAGAUUGUUAGUUUUGGAAUUGGAUAAAGAUUCUUUGGGACCAGACAAUGUUUACAAAUAUUUAAAAUGUCUCUCAAAUUUAAUUGAUCGUUUUAAUCUUGCUCCAUAUCAUCAUAAAAUAGUCAAUACUAUUGGAGGCUAUUUUUACUAUCGAAUUUUCAUUGGAGAAUCAUAUCAACCAAGUGAUCGUUUUUCUCAUAUUCGUCUUUGUGCAAUUCAAAUCUUUGGUAAUCUUUAUAAUAAUCAAAAUAUGGAGAGAUGGUUAGAAAUAUUAUGUGGAAUUUUAUUAAAUCAAGAUGUACCCCGAGUCAAACAAACUGUAUUAAAUAUUAUUCAAAGAAUGGCAAAUCCAACAAUGAAUGCUACAAAUAUAAAGAAAAUAUUCCAAUCGAUGGAUAGAUUUGUUGAUGAUAGAGUAUCAGAAUUGGAUGAAGUCAAAUACAAAGGUUAUAGAUUAAAAGAUGAUGAUUAUGAUGGAUAUCAUGAGGAUUUUUCAAAUGUAGAAGACGCCUAUAUGGUGGUUUUAUCCAAUUGUGAUCGUGACCAAUUGUCACUUGCAAUCAAAGAAACAAACUUGGUAGAUAGUGCAGUUGGUAAUAUACGUAAUGAACAUGUUAGAGAAACAAGAUCAAUGUAUUUUCGUAUUUUGUCUAAAUUAUUAUCAUUUGAUAAUGUACUAGAAAAAUAUAAUGCAAAAUUUGUUGUAAAAACAAUGCAAGAUUUUACAACAUCUGAAAAAACUUCUGAAAUUCUUUGUAAAUUGGCAAAAUUAAUGGCAAAUGAAAGAAAAGAGGAAUCAUCAUUAGAGGUACCACCAUUUGCAAAAGAUGUUUUAGAUUAUCUUUUGGGUGAAAAAUCAAGUAAAUCAAAAUGUUGGAUGGAAUCUACUCUACUUUUAAUUAGAUUUUCAAAUGAAAAGGAAAUUAUAGAAAUGGAAAUGGAAAAAGCAAUCAAUUUGAUAAAGAUUGAAAUUCAAAAUGGAAAAUUUUUAAUCAACUAUGAAAUUUUGGAUCAUUUAUACAAUUUAAUCAUAUUAAAUAAUCGAUUUGAUAUAAAUAGAGAUUAUUUAAUUUUACCAAAUAUUCAAAAAGCUAUAACUGAAUUGGAUCAAAAGGGUGGAGACAAAGAAAGAGAAUUGACAAGAAAAUGGAAAACAUAUUUAAAUGACCUAAUUUUUCCUCAAUUUAAUCAAUUAUCAGAACAAAUUCAAUCAGUUAUUAAACAAUGUCCUGAUUUUAUUUAA